CCUUCUGAAAUACAGAAAUAAGCAGUUUGUAAUCUUUGAAUCUUCAGUGCGAAGGAUGGAUUAAAGUUGUAAAAUAUAGGAUUUUUAUGAAAUAUUUGAAGAAUGGAAGACACAAACAUUUUUAUUCAGGCCAUCGAGGGCUAUGAAGAAAAACAAGAUCCGCUGUCAGAAGAACUUGAUCGGUUUAUAACUUACAUCGCAAGGACCGGAGAUAUCUUGGGGCCAUGGGAGAAAGUACAGAAAGUCUUUAUGAAGAAAUUGACGUCAGUGUUAGAUGAAUUUUACAAUAUGGCUCCGUAUAAAGUUGGGAAAAUCAACGCAAAUGCGACCAACGAUGAUUUUGAUGAAAUGAAAAAAAGAUUGUUGCAGUUGACGGAAGAGUUUGACAGUCCGCCUUUCACAAUCCAAAGACUUUGUGAACUUCUUGCAGAACCGAGAAAGAAUUACACAAAAUGUGAUAAAUUUAUGAGAGGAAUUGAGAAGAAUCUAAUGGUUGUCAGCUCAUGGAGUAAUCUACCGAGGACUCUCUCCGAUAGUAAUGACAAUAACAUGAUGGUGAAUGGUGUGGACUCGAUGCCGGGCAAUGGAUACACUCCUGGGAGUGAUAGAUUCAAACCUCAUUGGUCCAAUUUGCCACCAUCACCAAUCAGCACUACCCCACCUAAGAUACCGGGAGUCCCUGAUUUUACGGCAGUUACUUUGCCAAAGCUUGAGGUUACUUCUGAGGAAUCUGGAGAGUCUACUGUUGAAGAAAAUGCAGAGACGAUAAAGACAGCAGUUCCUGCGGCUCCUGCAUCUGAAGAAAAGACAACAUCUGAGAUGGUAACAGAAGAAACUGAGAACCUUCAGAAACCUAACGUCUCUGCAACCAUAAUUUCAUCCUCUCCACCAAAGACUGUGAACAUAAAACGUAAAAUCGAGGAUGCUAAUGAUGAGAGUACCACCGAAACGGACAAGGGUAUAACGGACACACAGAUCGCAGAAAGCCCCACCAAAAAAUUGAAGCCUGAUACGGUUUUGGAACAAGUUCAGAGUACUGCUGGUGAAGACAGUAAAAGUGCUGAUUCAGAAUCACAUGACUCCGCAAAAAUAGAAUCCAGUGAACCAGUCACUAAAGAUGACUCAAAAGAAACGACUACCGGCGACUCAACAAAAAUGGAAUCUAGUGAAUCAAUCACUGACUCAGCAGAAACUGAAAAAGAUGACUCAUCAAAAACUGUCAGUUCAGGGUUGCCAGAAACUAAUGUAGACCAAAACAUUCCCCCAACUCAAACUUUGACCCUUGAACCAGGAAAUACAGACAAUACUGAGAAUGUAGAUAAAGACAUUGGCACGUCAGUUGAUCCACCUAGUGGUACAGAAAAAAAAUCUGACGAUGAAGUACAAAUGGAGGUAGAUUAAAUGGCUAAAUUGAAUAUUGAACCAAAGAGAUUGAAAUUGGGUCUUGUUUAUUACUGAGUACAAAUUGCAGUAAUAUUUCGGUCAGUGUGACCUGGCAGCAGAAUAAUUGAAAUGGCAUGGUCUGAAUUUUCGUAUUAUCAAGUAAUUCAAGUUAGUAACAGCUACUGGGUAACGUUAGUUUUCAAAUAGUCUUGAAGGCCUAAAAUGCGUUUCAAGCUAUGAAAACGGGGCUCCCGAAGUAUGCGAACCAAGAUGGCGGACAUCGGAAUGUAAUAUGUGUACUAGGUUAGGGUUAGGCCAUAAUUUUAGGUAUAAAUACUACGGGAGACUCUUGGCUAGUCUUCGAACUGAUAAUAGGGAAAAUUGGAAAAAAAUUAUCGCCUAACCCUAACCUGUUACCCGUGUUACGUUCCGAUGUCCAUCUUGGUUCGCCUUUGGGAACACCAUGAAAACAGCUAUGAAUAAUACAGAAAAAUGAUUUUUUUUACACCCUGGCUAUAGCAUGCCCAUACCGAUAUACAAUUAUUCUGACUGGCAGAAGUUUUUAAUGAAAUCGGUGAAGCGUGAACUGCCAGCAUUUGCAUGUCUUAACUAGAAUAUGAUUAUUCUGACUGAUAGAAUUUCUUUCUAUUUUAAUAUAAUUUUCUUUUGAAUCUUCGUAGGCAAUAAUUGGAGUACUUCAAUUCUUGUGUCAAUUGAUUUUAUUUAUAACCACUUUCUUGAAGAAGCAGUCUCACCGAACUGCCAUUGGUUGAACUGCACAAAGUCAUUAUUGGCCAUACUGAAUAUCCAUCGACAUUUUGCGCCCAUUCACUCUAGCCCAGUGGUUCUCAACCUUUUUUUUGUGGCUCAUUUUUGUUGCAAGAAAAUUUCCGUAGCCCUUUUAAAUUUUUAUUGAGAGGGAAAAACUACAAGAAAAGUUGGAAUCUUUCUGUGAAAAUGGAAACUUUCCUUUCAAUACUUAGAAUGAAAAUGAACAUUCAGUAGCAGGAAACAGCAUCAUCAAUCAUUGGUACCACAAUCAAAAUUAUGGAUAGUGAUACAAAUAAAACUAGCAAUUUUAAUAGUUCUGGGGCCCACCUUAAAAUCUUUCCGUGGCCCAGCUGUGGGUCAUGGCGCACUGGUUGAGAACCAGUACUUCAGCCUCUUCCGCUGAUAUUGUUGACUUCGACCAUCAGCUGGCUUAAACUAUCUGGAAGUCAAAAAUCAAGCCAAUUCACUGUAUUUCGUGGACCAUAAGACGAACUUUGCGAAUCGCUUUUUCUUGAAAAUCGGCUGGGCGGCUCAUAGGCCAGUCUGCAGUUUUUUGAGUCUCCCCUGUCAGUAAUAUAUUUGCUUCAAAAUAAGUAAUACUUGGAGUAAUUUUGCAUCAAAAAUGUUGAAAUAUUUUAACUGGAUUCUAUGAACCCAAUAAUUUCCUUAUUCAUAGAAUUAUUGGCGCUCCAGUAGUAUAUGCUCCAAGAUGGCGCACAACCUGAAUCCUAAUCGGGUACACAUACCAUGAUCAGGCUGUGCGCCAUCUUGGUGUACAUACUACGCCUACGAGAGCAUCGAAAUUUUAUAAAGAUACGCAUAACUAAUUUAAUGAGGUAAUAUGCUAUUACAUAAAUGGCAUUUUCCAUUUUGUGGAAUUGAAUUUUCUUGACUGGGAAAACCUCGUGUUCAGCAUCAGUAUAGCGCCAGUGGGCCCAUGUACAGCUUUAGUAAGAAAGUCAGUAGUUGAUUCAGACUUCUUUAUCACUAAUAUAUUUUGUUUUUAGAUGAGUUCCCAUUUCCUAGUUUGGAAUAAAUUUACAUCAACAUCAAUUUUUGUUGAAUUAUAUCUAAUGUAUUCAAUAAUUGAUUUUCUUUCGUGAAUUUUU